AUGAAUAUUCACAAGUUGUGGGAAUACAAAGAAUACGUUAAUGUAAAUGGUGCUACAUUAAACAGCGAAAUCAUUUCAUUAUUACAGAAUUCUCUAACAGUACUACAGGUCGAAAACCAUUUCACCAUCGUACAAUAUUGGGGACAGAUUUACGCCACGGAUCUAGAUUAUUACAUCGCUGUUGGCCUAACAAAUGACGCUCUGACAGGUAAAAAGUAUUUCUACACCACUGACUUUCAAUUCUGGUCUUUACUUCCUAGGCCGAAAAAGAAAUACAAAGAGCUCUCGUUAAUUACUACGUUUCCUUUUCGCGGAGACCCGUCACUCAAAAUCAAAGUGCUAGAUGAAAGUUUCGAAGAAAACCACCCUGAUCGGUGUCGCUUCAUGAAAGAAGAAAAUCGCUUGGCCGCUACAAUCAGUAAUAUUUGUGAAGAAGUUGAAAUAUGCGCAAGAGGACAACUAAUGAAACGGCCAGAUGGCUCUAUUACGAUAAAUCCAAAUUUCUAUGGCCUUACUGCAACGGAAGCUAAAGAACUAAAAUCCUAUUUACAUAUCAGACCUGCUCAGCACAGAUGGAACACAAAUUUACUAACACGCCCAGACUAUAAUUACAGUAUGGAUUUUCUUGACUCUAUAGAUCAAGAUAUACCUAAAGGGUGCUGGAAUUUAUCAUUAGAAAAAACUGGAAGUGUUGCGUAUUUGAAAAGCUUAUAUUGGCCCGGUAUGUCAUAUUUUCACAAAGUAAAAACGUCUGAUGCAGGAUUUCUUUACAUCGGUAACGGUCGUAAAAAUUUGGAUGUACCGUUUCUUAUUUAA